UUCUCCGCACAGUUCCAAUUUCCGUGUAUCUCUCUUUCGGUCCGGUGAAAUGGUUCGCCUGUUUCUUACACUUUCUCCGGCGAUUUCCCGAUUCAAUAUUUAUCCUGGAAUCUCUAUAUUAGCGACUAAUCCUUCUCUCAGGUUACAAAAACACCAUCAACUUAAAACCAAAACGCCCGCUUUCUCGUUAAUCCCUCCUUCAUCUUCACCCAAUUUCCAAAGGACGCCUUCUAACUCUACCGGAACAAGAACUUUCUCGUCACCCAAAAGUGGAAAUUCGAGUUUUGGUGAUAAUUUGGUUGUUUUGGGCAUUGAAACGAGCUGCGACGACACUGCUGCUGCUGUCGUGAGAGGUAAUGGUGAAGUUCUUAGUCAAGUCAUUUCUUCUCAGGCAGACCUGCUUGCCCAAUAUGGAGGCGUCGCUCCUAAACAGGCUGAAGAAGCACACUCCAGGGUUAUCGAUAAGGUUGUGCAAGACGCUCUUGAUAGAGCCAAUUUGAGCGAGAAGGAUCUCUCUGCUGUUGCUGUAACUAUUGGACCUGGUUUGAGCCUCUGUCUACGCGUUGGUGUACGGAAGGCUCGAAGAGUUGCUGGUGAAUUCAAUCUCCCAAUGGUUGGGGUGCAUCACAUGGAGGCUCAUGCCCUUGUAGCUAGAUUAGUGGAACAGGAGUUAAGCUUUCCGUUCAUGGCAUUGCUUAUAUCAGGAGGGCACAAUCUUCUAGUUCUCGCUCAUAAGCUAGGUCAGUACACCCAACUUGGGACUACCGUAGAUGAUGCUAUAGGCGAAGCCUUUGACAAGACAGCAAAAUGGCUUGGCCUUGAUAUGCGUAGAAGUGGCGGACCAGCUGUUGAAGAACUUGCUCUGGAGGGUGAUGCCAAAUCUGUUAAGUUUAAUGUUCCAAUGAAAAAUCAUAAAGACUGCAACUUUUCAUAUGCUGGUUUGAAGACACAAGUGAGGCUAGCCAUUGAAGCCAAAGAUAUCGAUUGUAAACAUCCCCUCUCUUCGGCAACAAACGAAGACAGAAGAAACCGUGCUGAUAUUGCUGCUUCUUUCCAGCGAGUAGCUGUUUUGCAUCUGGAGGAAAAGUGUGAACGAGCAAUAGACUGGGCAUUAGAACUAGAGCCUUCUAUAAAACAUAUGGUAGUCUCUGGUGGUGUUGCUUCAAACAAGUAUGUACGACUUCGACUCAAUAACAUUGUUAAAAACAAAGAACUGAAACUUGUUUGCCCUCCUCCAAGCCUUUGCACAGACAAUGGAGUAAUGGUGGCUUGGACAGGUCUCGAGCAUUUUCGUGUAGGAAGAUACGAUCCACCUCCACCUGCAAUUGAACCUGAGGAUUACGUGUAUGAUCUUCGACCGAGGUGGCCUCUCGGAGAGGAGUAUGCGAAAGGAAGAAGCGAUGCUCGUUCUAUGAGAACUGCACGGAUUCACCCGUCACUUACUUCAAUCAUCCGAGCGGAUUCUCUUCAACAACAAACACAAACAUAAUAAGAAAGAUAGUCUCCUUAAAAAAAACUAGACAGAUUCCAAAUCUUUUAGCUUGAUUUCUCUCUGCAUGUAUAUGUAACCUUUUCAGUUUUCACGGAGUAAGAAACACGCUUUCCGGUUAAUAUUGAAUUAGUUCCGUUCAAUCA